GCCAUGUUGGGAUCAGUUCAGUUAGGAGAGAGUGAGAGAAAGUGAGUGAGUGAGAGAGGGGUGUGUGUACUGUAUAUGUGUGUGUGUGUGAGCUGACUUUAGUCUAGCUACAAGGAAUUAAUUCGGUAUAUAUUCUCUCUCUCUCUCUCUCUUUCUCUCUCUUUUCUGUCGGUUACUCCGAGCAGUAAUGUCGCUCUCUCCUCCUGCUUUAGCGCGUGCUGUAGGUUUAUCUGCAGCGCUGUGAGCGCGCGCGUCCCAGCCCUAAGGAAGAGACUACAGCAGGAAUAAAUCUCAGCUCCGCGCGCGCUCUCGGUCUCUGUCGGUUUAGGAAUAAUGUUCUCCAAAAAACCCCACGGAGAUGUGCGCAAGUCCACGCAGAAAGUCCUGGACCCCAAAAAGGACGUCCUGACCCGACUGAAACAUCUGCGCAUCGUCAUCGAAAACGCUGAGUCGGCUGAACUGAAACACUUCUUUGACCAGAAUUACUCUCACAUCUAUUAUGUCUUCUUCGAGAACUUUGUCAGUAUUGAAGCGAACCUGAAACAGAAAGGCCAUAAAUCACUGAGGGAAGAGCUCGACUCCAUUCUGUUCAUAUUUGAGAAAAUACUGCAGUUGUUGCCGGAGCGGAUUCACGAACGCUGGCAGUUUCACAGCAUCGGUCUCAUACUGAAGAAACUCCUGCACACUGGAAACUCCCUGAAGAUCCGCAGAGAGGGCGUGCGUCUCUUCCUGCUCUGGCUCCAGGCUCUGCAGUAUAACGCUUUGAGAGAGCAGCUGUGGAUCUUCGCCUGUCUGAUCCCAGGAUUCCCGGCUCCUCAGUGUGAACACACACCCCGCACCCUGGACAGCAUCAUCAACCCCACACUCGUCCUGCACGAGGGUGUGUCUCUCCAUCAUCAUCAUCUUCCUCUCCCUGGAAAAUACUGUAUACUAUCUCAGGUGACUCCUGAGGAGAUCAGCCCGUUGGUUCUGCCCCAGUCUGGAGAUAAAGCUCAGGAGGAUCUGACCGGUUACUUUCUGGAGGCGUUACUGAAAUACAUGGUCAACCAGGCUAAGAGUCUGGAGUGGAGGUGUAGAGAGAACCAUGAGAAGGGUUUCGCUUUUCUUUUCGCCAACUUUAAGAAGUUUUAUCUUCCUCACAUCUUCCCAAACUUCUCCAAAGAGACCAGCUUGUAUGCCCCCAUCCUGGACAUUCCUCCGAUGAGGCCGAAGCCGUGUUACGUGGUUGUAAAAAGGGACCCUGACACUAACGAGGCUCUGUACUGCACUAAAGAGAGCUACCUGAACGCUCGGGUCAUCUUCAUCCGCUGGCUCGUGUCCUUCUGGCUGGAACCCAAAUCGAACACGGCGACAAACAUCCCAGGGGUGGAGGGCGAGAUUGUGCCCAAGAACAUCCAGAGAGCAGCCGCCGGUCUGGCCAUGCGUUCAGAAGAAGUUUUUCCUCGAGCUGCAGCUCUGGAUGGAGGAGGAGAACCGGAGCAGUCUCACUCCAACACCAGCACUCUGACAGAGAGAGAACCGAGCUCGUCCAGUCUCUGCAGCAUGGAUGGAGAGAACCUCAGCGCCGUAGAGGUGGUGAAGAACGUCCUGUACUCCUCCAGGACCAACGUCAACUUCAUCACAGAGAUCUUCAGACAGGCGUUCUUGUUGCCGAUGUGCGAGGCGGCAGCGAUGCGUAAGGUGGUGCGUGUCUAUCAGGAGUGGAUCACUCAGGAGGAAAAGCCUCCUUUUAUGGCAGAACCAGACGAGGACGAGCGCUAUCUCGAUCCGCAGGACCCGGUUCUAGGACAGGGCCCGGAGAACCACCAUGAGGAGAGAGUGAUGAAGGACAGUGAGAUGCUGGAGUACUGUGUACAUGCCGGAGUUCAGUCCACACUACAGGUUUUCAUCAUCAACUCCUCCAACGUGUUCCUGUUAGAGCCGGCGAACGAGCUGAAGCCGCUGCUGGAGGAACAAAUCGACAUGUCCAAGCGCGUCCUCAACAUCUACCGCAGCCUCGUCAUGCACCAGAACAUGGACCAGAAAACAUGGGAGCAGAUCCUGCUGGUGUUGCUGAGGGUGACGGAGUGUGUGAUGAAGAGGCCUCCCUCCAUCAUGCCCCAGGGGAAAAAGAGUAGCACGCUGUCCGGCCGAUUAGCAGGAGCCAUUUUUCAGACUCUGAUUGUGGCGUGGAUUAAAGGGAACCUGAACGUCUUUAUCACUCGGGACCUGUGGGACGAGCUGCUCUCCGUGCUGUCCUCUCUCACCUGCUGGGAGGAACUGGUCACGGAGUGGUCCCUCACCAUGGAGACCCUGACCAAGGUACUGGCCCGGAACCUGUACAGCCUGGACCUGAACGAGCUGCCGCUCGAUAAACUCAGCGAACAGAAACUGAAGAAACACAAGGGCAAAGGUGGCGCUCAUGAGGGUCAGAAGAUGGUGGUGGAUCGUUCCUUCUCUAAAGGAUGGAGUCGUGAUCCUCCAGGUCAGACCGUAGCCAUGAGGCAACGCAGCGCCACCACCGCCGGCUCCCCGGGCAUCGAGAAGGCCAGGAGCAUUGUCAGGCAGAAAACCAUCGCGUUGCGUAGCCGCUCGACGGGUGACAGUCUGUUAUCGGCGGCGUUUAUCCGCAGUGCUAAAAGUGCUCCUGUGCUAAUCCACCCUGUGCACCCUCUCCUUCCUGACUCUGUCCUCACUCCCCUAGCUGACGAGCUGUCAGACAUGGAGGACCCACCUCCGUCUCUCCGAGCCCCCCGUGCGCGUCACUCGUCCCAAAGCGAGGAGAGUCCAGUGGGCGAGGUGUUCUGCGUCUCGGCCGAAGUGGAUCAGACGCCGCUCCCUCGCAGCAGCAGCACCUCGGACAUCAUGGAGCCGCUCGUGAAAGGUGCACUUCCUGUUUCUGACACUCCUUCUCACACUGACCCCACCCACUGCCCCUCCCACAGCCCUGCCCACUCCCUUGAAGCAGCUGAUAGCAUCUACGAGCACCUGUGCCAGGUACCAGAGCCUCAACUCACUUUCGUCCCGGAUUGGACAUUUCUGGAGGCCACAUCCACAACCACACCCACUUUACCUGAUGGAGGAGGAAGAGAGGAUGACCUCACCCUGGAGGAGGUGGAGCCAGGUCCAGAGGAAAAAGAGGAGGAGCCAGAGCCAGGUGAUCAGAGUUUCUAUGACUGCUUAGAGCAGUGCGAGACAGAGCAAGCGACCAAUCCGAAGCCGUUAUAUCGGCAAGACGCAACAGAGCGCCUGAUCGAUGUAGACUCCGCCCCACAUUCCGGGCUCCGCCCUCGGACUAAAAAACGACCAGGAGGUGGAGUCCACGUCAAGUUCCGUCCGUCCACAGAGUCGGUGCACUUCCUGAACCCUCUAGACCCCAAAGAAGCUUACUGGAAAAGUCGACUUCGACGCCUGGGGCACUUCAGUGCACACUCGCACCCCGGAGCAGGACCGACGACCAAGAUCAGAGAGGCGUCCGAGGAUGGGGAAGUGGUGCGUUCCCGCCAGCAGGGUGCCCUGUUGGGUGGCGUUUAUAAAUCUGUGGCUCACGCUCUGUCCAAACCGAAGAGCCACGGAAAAGCCGCCGCCUCGGACGCGCACCUGAAGGACCUGUACUCGCAUUUUAUCGGCUAUUUCGGAAAAAAAGCUCCAGCCAGUAAAGAUGACUUGACGCAGAAGGUGCGCCCGGUGUUGAGCGAUGUGGAGAGCAGUAACCCCAACGUCAGCGAUCUGAUGGAUGAGUUUAUCCAGGAGCGCCUCAGAGCCGGAGGAACCGCGGGAAUGGUGAGGCGGGGCAGUAGUCCAGGCAGUUUGGAGAUUCCUAAGGAUUUCCCAGAUGUGUUGACGCGCUCGAACACCACACGCCCUGCCGAUGACCCCGGCGUGCCCUCUGAGUGGACCUCACCUGCCAGCGCCAGUGGGAGUGACAUCAUCAGCUCUGACAGCCAAUCAGAUUCCUUCAACGCCUUCCAAUAUGACAACAAAUUUGAGAAUUUCAGUUUUGCCUCCGAGGUUUGUUCAGCAACUUGUAUGGAGCAGGAGAGUGUGUGUGUGGCGUCCAAUGUGGUGGAUGAACAGGAUCACUCCAGUCUCACUACACUGCACAUCGACUCUGAGACCAGCAGCCUGAGUCAGCACGGCCUGUCUGCUGAUACACUCACCAUCACCGGUUCGGCGAGUGCAUCUCCAGUCCACUCCCGCUCACACACUCCGUCUCCCGCAACACUCACAGCCGAACACACUGAGCACAAAGACCUGCAGCUGGAUGAGAAACUUCAUCACUCUGUCCUGCAGACCCCCGAUGACCUGGAGCCGAGCGAGUUUCCCUCGGAGGACUGCAGCGUGAUGGCCGGCGGCUCGCUCACUGGCUGGCACGCCGACGUCGCCACGGUGAUGUGGAGGCGCAUGCUCGGCAUCCUGGGAGACGUGAACACGAUAAAAGACCCCGAGAUCCACGCACAAGUGUUCGAUUACCUUUGUGAGCUCUGGCAGAACCUGGCCAAGAUCCGUGAUAAUCUGGGAAUCUCUAUUGACAAUCAGUCGUCUCCUCCUCCUCCGGACCUGAUUCCCCCACUGAGAAUCCUCACGCCUUGGCUCUUUAAAGCCACCAUGUUGUCGGAGAAGUAUAAACAGGGAAAGCUACACGCGUAUAAAUUAAUCUGUAAGAUCAUGAAGAGGAGACAGGACGUCUCGCCCAACUCCGACUUCCUCACACACUUCUACAACAUCAUGCACUGUGGCCUGCUGCACCACGAUCAGGAUAUUGUGAACACCAUCAUUAAACACUGCUCGCCUCGGUUCUUCUCCAUCGGACUGCCAGGAGCCACAAUGCUCAUCCUCGACUUUAUCGCUGCAGCCAGCAGAGUGACGGCUUGCUCCUCUCUCAACGCCCCGAGGGUUGAGGCUCAGAUCUUGUUGGGUUCUCUGGUGUGUUUUCCGAACUUGUAUGAGGAGCUUCCUGCCCUCCACCCCACCACCGCCGACGUCAUCCUGACCAAAUUUAAGGAUGUCAAGGAGCACAUCAUUAAACACAUCUUAACCUCAGCUAGAGACGAGCCGUCUGCCCCCGCCAGGUGUGUAGCUCUGUGCAGUCUAGGCUUAUGGCUGUGUGAGGAGCUGGUCCACGGCACACGACACCCGCAGAUCAAAGAAGCUCUAAACGUCAUCUGUGUGACUCUGAAGUUCCCCAAUAAAACCGUUGCGCUGGUGGCUUCAGACAUCCUGCACCUCCUCAUCAACUACGUCGACCAUCUGCAGAAGUUCCCCCCGGACACGCCCAAGAAAAUCGUCGAGAUUCUCAUAGCGACCAUCACCUACCUGCUGCCUACUACUGAGUCUUCUCCUCAUGAGCUGGAUAAGAGGCUGGUUGUGUCCCUCCUGCUGUGUUUGUUGGACUGGGUCAUGGCUCUUCCUCCGAAAACUCUGCUGCAACCGAUUCAGACUCUCUCACAAGAUAAAGACAAAUCAGACAGAACCGUCCUCAGUGCCAUCUAUAAGGUGCUGCACGGCUGUGUGUACGGCGCUCAGAGUUUCAGUAAUCCCCGUUACUUCCCUCUGAACCUCUCCGACCUCAGCAGUUCGACCUUUGACCCCUUCCUGGUGCUGGAGGGUUUGAAGGAGCCCGAGCCUCUGCACUCGCCUGACUCGGAGCGCUCGGCUAAAAUGCAGCCGGUCGCCGAGGUGAGGAACCGUAUGCAGCAGGGUCUGAUCUCCAUCGCCGCCCGGACGGUGGUGUCUCACCUGUUGAAUCACCUGUCUCACUUCCCCCUGGGCGCCGGCGGUCCAGCCGCCCUCACCAGUCAGGUGUGCGAGAACCACGACAACCCGUACUGCCAGAGUGCCGAUCUCGCGCCCGAGCUCUUCCACACGCCCAACCUGCAGUUCUUCGUCCUGAACGGUUCCACGCUGCUCUCCUGUCUCCAGAUCCGCUCCGAUGACAACAUGGCCUCCGGUCUCGUGGCCCCCGACGCCUGCGUCCGCCUCGUCAUCAGGGACAUUUCCGGAAAGCACUCCUGGGAUUCGGCCGUGCUCUACGCCCCACCUCAGUGCACUCCUCAGAGCCGGGCGUUACACACCAGUCCCGCAGGGGGCAACAGAGAGCACGGUGCAGAACGAGACUCGGUAGAGCAGGAUGAGAAGGACAACCUGUCGGAUAACAAGGACGUGGAAAAAGAGGAAGAGGAAGAAGAAGAAGAGGAGGAGGAAGAAGAAAAAGAAGAAGAAGAGGAGGACGAGGAGACUCUUUCGGAGACGAUGGCGCCGUUAGCGAAGCGGCGGUGCCGUGAAAUAAUUCCAAGUUGGGAUUCCCUUCAGGACGGCGAGGACGUUUUGGACGAGGUGCUACAGUAUUUGGGUUCUUCGAGUCCAGAGUGCCUCCAGAGAACCGGAACACCUCUGAACAUCCCGGCUCCGCCCCCUUGCUGCGUGUCAGAGAAGCAGGAGAACGAUGUCAUCAAUGCCAUCCUGAAGCAGAGCACGGAGGAGUGGGACUUCGCCGGGAAACACGGGAACGACGUCCACAUGAAGGCCGUGGAGCAGCCGGAGCCCUCGGCCCAGAGACCGCAGUCCGCCUUCUACUACUGCAGGCUCCUCCUCAACGUCCUGGGCAUGAACUCCUGGGAGAAGAGGAGCAGCUUCCACCUGCUGAAGAAGAACGAGAAACUGCUGCGAGAGCUGAAGAACCUCGACUCCCGACAGUGCCGCGAGACACACAAGAUCGCUGUGUUUUACGUGGCGGAGGGACAGGAGGACAAACACUCCAUCCUGUCCAACACCAGCGGCAGUCAGGCCUACGAGGACUUUGUGUCUGGUCUGGGGUGGGAGGUGAACCUGACGAGUCACUGUGGCUUCAUGGGAGGUCUCCAGAGAAAUAAGAGUACAGGUUUGACCAUGCCGUACUUCGCAACGUCCACUGUGGAGGUCAUGUUCCAUGUGUCCACACGCAUGCCACCUGACUCCGACGACUCGCUCACCAAAAAGUUGAGGCACUUGGGGAACGAUGAGGUUCACAUCGUGUGGUCGGAACACACUCGGGACUACAGGAGGGGAAUAAUCCCAACUGAGUUUGGAGACGUCCUCAUCAUCAUCUACCCCAUGAAGAACCACAUGUACAGCAUCCAGAUCAUCAAGAAACCAGAGGUGCCGUUCUUUGGGCCGCUGUUUGAUGGCGCUAUAGUGGAUAGUAAGAUUUUACCCACAAUGGUGCGAGCGACGGCCAUCAACGCCAGCCGUGCUCUGAAAUCCCUCAUUGCCCUCUACCAGAACUUUUAUGAGGAGCGAGCUCGUUAUCUGGAGUCGAUCGUGCAGCACCACGUGGAGUUGAGCACAUUUGAGGACUAUGCCGCCCGUAUGUUUAGCCCCGCCCCUUUCCAUCACCCUCCCAGCGAAUCAGAUGAUAAUCAUACACUUGUGUGUAUCUAAAGGUUCCUUUCCAGAGAACCCGCUGUGUGAGAACCCGAAUGUGCCGCUGGACUCCGCAGAGUUAUCGUCUCCCAUCUCUCCUCGAGCCAGCAAGAGCCGCGUGUCCAUAAAGCUGCGCCGCUCGUCAGGAUCGGCCAACAAGACCUGAACACACACACACACACACACACAGAGCACACUGAAUACUAAAAACUGCACACACUGCACUGCUCUCUCUCUCUCACACACACACACACACAUGCACACUGUGCUGAUCAUUGUUUGUGCACUACGUCAUAGUGUUUUGAUAAAUGUUGCCGUUAUUGUUUCUGAUGAAAGGUUACUGAGGAACCCGGUGCUGUAGUACCGAUGGUGCCGUGUCAGUGUGACGCCUUCGUGCGUCUGUUCCCGUGUGAUUUCUGAUCUAACCUGGCUGUGUAAGUGAGAUCAGACCGGAUCAAACACACUCCCGAUGAUGGGCUGAUCCACACACUUAUUCCGCGUGAUGUGAAGUGGACGUUUCUGAAACACAGCCACUUCCUCCUGUUACAGCUCUUCCGUUCUUUCUUUAUAUCACUUUAACUUUUUUUUUCUUUAUUUGACCGUGAAACACGACACUGUGUCUGUAUAAACAAAGUCACAAAGUCAUCUUUACCUCAGACGCACUCUAUUGGCAGGAGAACCUGCAGUGUCUAAUACAGUGCUAACGCGGCGCAGAAGCUGGAGACCUCUGGGUUUAGUGUGAUGGGCUUUAGUUUUAUAUAUAUAUAUAUAUAUAUAUAUAUAUAUAGGAAGGAACAGCUUUGGGGGGAAAACACCAUCGUCUAGACUUACAACUGCAUAUUUGGUUUAAAUAAUUUAAGAGAUUUUGUCGUUUUUAAUUCACAAUUGGCGUUAGUAUGAACAAAAAGUGAUCACCGUGUACAGUGCGCGAAAACAACAUUGAAAAUGACGCUUACUCGUGUACACUUUCUGAAAAUGUAAAUUAAGAUAAUCGAAAAUUAAACAGUCUAAUCGGAUGAAGAUGUAGAUAAUGACGAUGAAUUGAGCACUCUCUCAUAAUUAAAAGUUGUAACAGAAGGAAUGAUUAAGCACGUAUUGUACUAGACGUGGACGCGUCACAGACCACCCGAUUAAAACUUGACGCUAAAGCCGAGGCCACAGUUUCUGUCAGCCGCGUUAGCAUUAGCUUGGUUGCUGCAGUGUGAGGUGGUAGCAUUAGCAUGGGGUUUUUGAGGAAACGAACCCAAACGCAUUUCAUUUUGGUAGUUUGUGUUUUUCUGUUGUACAAAAGCACUGUGUGUGUGUGUGUUUGUGUAUAUAUAGAUAUAAAUGUAAGAAGUUUAUGUGUUUAUUUAAUGGGUGUGUAUAGUGGAGAAGCAGCGUCUGGUCUGUGUACAGCUGUUACAGUAUUUAAAGAAACCAAAAAAGCAGAAGCUUUGUCGCUCUGUCGAGUCCACACACACACACACACAUACAGCGAGAGAAGGCAGUGGGGCCCUUAUAUUCAUACAGAUGUGUAAAACAUGUCGACUGGGGCGUUCUCGCAUCCUCACACACACGAGCGAAUUGUUUUUACACAAAUUGAAGCUGAGAGUUUCUCACAGUCCGAGUUUAACUUCGAGAUCAAACCAAAGACAGACAGAUUAGAGUCGUGCAUACACCCCGGAGCAAAAGUAAGUGCGCCCUAUAUACUUGCAUUGAUUAAUACUGACUUUUAAAGCUUUUUUAUUAUUAUUAUUUAAGACACAACACCAAAUUUAAAGUAUUUCUCUUCCUGCGUUUCUUUCCCAAAAGUGUCAUUUAAAAAGUAUAAUAAUAUUACUGUCUGAAAAAUAAAAAAACAAAAACAAAUGAGAAACAUUUUAACAGCCCUCUUUAAUUAUAUGCAUUAAUAAAACAAAUUUGGAAACGAACUCACAUCCUGUGAAUGUCUCAAGCAGCCACCUAGCUAUUAAUCGCGGAUAUAACAUUCGCAUGAUGACUCAGCACAGAGCUUAGCUAAUUUAGCAAGGUGGUUUAGCACUGUUCAUGUCGCUGGUUACUAAUCUGUAUACUUGACAUGAUUGGAGAUUAUUUCAUGUGACAUCACAACCUGGACUUACACUUAGACCCGCCCAUUAAAUCCGUUUUAUUUACAAAAACUCUGUGUUUCUGGUGUAAAUUUGCAUUUUUGUAAAAAGGAAUCUGAAAUUAAAGUACGUUAAUGUUAAGUAGAAGGAGGAUUAGCGCUCGGGCCACUCGGGCAGUGUUCAGGGCUCUGACGCAGGGUGUCAUUUGCUUUAGAAAGGGGGUGGGUGGUGUUGGGAGGUGGUGGCGGUUGAGGCGGGGGGUUUUUUAUAGAAUGUUUGCUGUAAAUGCGACACGUCCCACAGGCCUGAAUAUUUUCAGAUGGUUUUAUAACGGGAAGCUGAAACGUGUGCGCGCUGGAACGUGGACGUGUGAGAUACUGGUGUAGGUAACUGCUGAGAGAUCGCUGCAUGACGCACGUGCUAACUGCAUGCGUUAAGAGCACUACGCAACACGCACGCACAAACACACACGAGUCUCAUCUAAACGUUUGUAAAGAGGAAAAUCUUAUGUGCAACUAAAUGCAGAAAUAAAAAAGUAUU